UAUUAGGAUAAGCAAACUUUUUAGUAACGAUAAAAGAAUCUAAAACAGAAAACAGUUUUCAGUUACGCAUUCCGUUUUCUAAAAAAACAUUUUUCUUUCUUUUUCCAAUAUUUUUAAACCAUUCCCGUGAGAAUCAUGUCGACGCACGUUAAACCUGACCCCCCAUUCCGUUGCGUGUCUCACUCACUCUGAAUCCAAGUUAAACACAAACAAUAGAUUCUUUUUUCUUUUUUUUUUCUUUCUUUUAUUUUACAAAAACGAAGUAACUGAUAAUGGAAUUUGACGGUGUUAUCUUUCCAACAAACUCCGUUAUCUGUAACCGACACUUUCAUCAUCUCCAUAAUGGAUCCCUUGAUCCGCAAGCUCCGCCGCUACCUUCUCCAAUGGCUUCACCGAUCUCGUUCCGGAUCGGUGUUUUUUGUGAGGAGAAUUUCGUAUAAGGAAGUUAGAAAAGCAACAGAUUGUUUUCAAAGAAUUGUUUAUAGCAAUUCUGAAGUUUCAGCAUAUGCUGCGAAUUUUGGUGAUGGUGGUGUUUGUUUAGUGAAAGAAGUUAAAGAAUUUGAUAGAGGAAAUGAUGAGAAUUUUCAUAGACAAGUGCAGUUGUUAGGACGUUUGCAUCAUCGACACCUUCUUUCUCUCAAAGGCUUUUCUUUAGGACACAAUCGCAAGAGCAAAAGACUACUCAUAUUUGACAACAUAGAAAAUGGAAGCUUAAAGGAACAUCUCAAUGACCCCUUGAAGACUCCCUUAAAUUGGAGGACGAGGUUGCAGAUUGCUAAUGGUGUUGUGGCUGCACUGGAGUACUUGUUUCUUUUCAGUGAACCACCGAUAAGUCAUGUCUCUAUCAGCUCUAGCAAUAUUAUGUUAGAUGAGAACUUCACCCCAAAACUAUCUGAUUUUGGCCUUCUUACUGGUGGAAGUUCUGUAUUGAUACCACCAUACUCCCAAGAUAGCACAGGACAGGAAAGUUCCAAGAUUAUAUUCCAACUUGGAGUUCUCAUACUGGAACUAGUCACCGGUCAGUCUUCAGAGAUGGAAGGUUCUGAUUUAAUUGAAUGGAUUCAAGAAUCCCGAUUUUUCAGUUCAAUAGAUAAGAUGUUAGACCCUGAUCUUGGAAACAAUUAUGACUGUACGGAGCUUAAAAGUCUUCUAGCUGUGGCAAAAUUAUGUAUCAAAUCGUGGGACAAACCUUCAUAUACAAUUCCUCAGUUAUUUCGGUAUCUCCAAAAGGAGACUGAUAUUCCCCAAGACUAGGAUUAUGAAGUCCACAAAUUGAUCAGUAUAAGCUAAAUGACAUCUUAGAUGCUGCAAUUAGUUUGCUUUUCAUCUCAACUUGGUACCCAUGGGCGAUUGCAAAGUGAAUUGAAACUUCUGGAUGGAAAAAUGACUAAACUGUGAAGAUCAUAUACGAGCUGGGAUCCUCUCUAUU